UGUUAAUUGAAUUGCAAGCCCAUUAACAUGGCUGAAGAUUCCAGUGACUCUAGUGAUUUGGAUACCCGGCCAUCCAGCAGUAAAGGUCGCUAUUCGACCCGUGGUGAACAAAAGCGUAAACGUCGUAUUGUUAUGCGUAUUGAGUUCGACGAUUCAGAUGAAUCGUCGUCUACUACAGCUUCUUCUAGCGAUGGUGAAGAAAUAGUCAUCCGCAAAGGCCAGAAAAAUAAUAGAAACAACAAAGUUAUUGAUGAUGGCCCAUCGUGUUCACGCCGACUUCGUAACCGGCAAAAUCAGAAAAGUGUAUCUGCCGGUACCGAAAACAACAGUAGCAGCGGCAACAACAAGCACAGCGCUGCUGCUGUUGUUUACGAUGAUGACGAAGAUUCUGAUGAAUUUCAACGCAAUGCUGCUCAGCGUCGUCAACGCGGUCGUCGAUCCAAUGUUUUAGAUGUUGGUCUUUCGGAUGGUUCAACGAGUGGCAGUGAGGUAAUAAAAAAUAAAACUUUUCAUUAUUGUAUACACGUUUUUGUUUUUGUUGGUGUGUAUAAAUCACAAAUAACUAAAAAAUCGCGCGGUAAAGCAAAAAAGAAAUAUAUUAUGUCAGAGGAUGAAAUCGAUGGCGGCGGAGGCACCAUCCAACAGCCGAAAGAUGAGAACGGCUUUACUUCGGACAGCAGCAGCAAUGAUAUGCUGGAGAAAUGUCCAAUUUGCUUAUUAUCAUUUCGACAACAAGAAAUCGGUUCGCCAUCGUCGUGUCAGCACUUGUUUUGUGCCGCUUGUAUUGAGGCAUGGUCGAAAAAUGUCCAAACUUGUCCAAUCGAUCGUUUAGAAUUCCAACGUAUUAUCGUGCGCGAAUCGUAUGAAAAUCGUCGAAUUGUUCGCGAAAUAAACGUUGAUCCGAACGCGGCUAAAGAAUUGAUAUUGAACGACGAAGAUGAGGAAUUCGAUGAUGUUACGAAUUGUGAGAUCUGUGGUAGGCCAGAUCGUGAGGAUGUGAUGUUGUUGUGUGAUCAAUGUAAUCAGGGCUAUCACAUGGACUGUUUGUCCGAACCCUUAACCGAAAUCCCGGAAGGUUCAUGGUAUUGCGAUAACUGUGCCGAUUCUGAGGACGAAGAGGAAGAAGAUGAAGAUUUGAAUAUGUUGUAUGAAGAUAUUAGAGAUAUGGGAAUACCUGAAACUCAUCUGCGAGUCAGGGAAGUUCAUCAGCCAAGAAUUCUAAGAACUAGACAGAAUGAACGCAUUCGCGCUGCAGUUCUAAGACGAACUAGGGCCAGUGUAUCGGCAAUGGAAACGACUACCACCACUACUACGACCAGUACAACACAAAGAGGGCGUCCACGUACCACUACGACAACAACUACAACAACACGCCGUACUACAAACCGAAGCGUUAGUGGCUCUACACGGAAAAGACGUAGAGUACAAAGAAGACGAAGGCCACGACAGCGUACCUAUGUAGUGGAAUACGAUGUCAACAAUUUCGAUGAGAAAUUUGCUAUUAAAGCUACAAAGAAGGUCAUCAGAAAAAGACGUAAAACUCGUCGAUCUUCUAAUAAGACAAGGUCGUCCAGAUCCGGAUCCAGACGUGGCACUCGCUUGACAGCAAGCCAACGUUUAGCUGAACAGAUGGGCGUUAAAACGGAUCCCACAUUUACCUCCCAUCUGUCGGGAACAAGCGCUGGCCUUUCCAUAACUGGGGGCGUCAAUGAUUUAGAAUAUUUUUCGGAUAGUGAUCCUGGUGGAAAUAUUGAAAGUGAAAUCCACAUAGAGACAGGACAGGGAACAGCAGUUCAGACAUCCGUUCGAAUUUCAAAUUAUGGAUCGCAAAGAUCCCGUAAAGGUUUGCUACUAGGUCGUGUUGGUCCACGUCACGUGCCGGAACCGGUGGCUAAUCGUGAUAAUGCCAAUUCGGACAUUUUGUCGAGUAUAAUGGAUUUACAAGAUCGUUGGCAUAGCGCCAGUAGAAAUAUGGAAAACGUACACAUCAACACCGAUGGCACGUUGAAUUUGCCCCGUUCAGAGGAACGUAACAGGAAUAAUGAACCACAUACCUCUGCUCCGCCAGAUCAAACGACCACACCACCUAAAAAAUCAAAUGAUAAUCAACAAAGUGAAAGAUCUGCUGAAUCACAAUCCCCAUCAAAUAGCUCCCAGCAGAAUGAAAUAACCCAAGCCCCAAUGUAUUCUCGUGGUGGAGGCAAUCCAAAUUUUAACUCUGGUGGCGGCGGUGGUUACAAUAACCGUUAUGGUGGGAAUAAUCAAAGUAACUACCGUGGUGGUGGCGGUAACCAAUAUCGCCCCUCUGGCGGUGGUGAUGGCGGUCGUGGCGGAGGUAUGAACUUCAAUAUGGUCGGUCGUGGUAAUUUCAACUUCAGUAGUGGUGGACCAUCAAAUUACAACAAUCAAAAUAAUCAGUCAAGUCCAGGAUUCACACCCUUCCGACAAUGGAAUUACAAUCAGCGCAAUCAACAGAACGAUGAAAACAACCAAAAUAAUAAUCGCCGAAAUUCCAUGCCGUUUGCUGGUGGUAACAAUCAACAGAACGAUAACAACAAUCAGUCGUCCUCACAACCAGUAUCGCAACCACAACAACAAUCACAAAAUCCUUUUAGUGGCCCACCGCCACAACCCUGUUUCGCACCACCGAAUCGGCAACAGUCGCAGCCACAGCGUCCACCAAAUGCUGCCAGUUCCGAUGAUCUAUUUGGUGGGCUGCCACCGCCCGUGAGGCAAAUACCUGCACCAGUUGUUCUGAGUGUGCCACCUCCACCAACACCACCCGCAAUGAUGGUACAUCCUCCAGGUGGCGCUCUAUUUCAAUUGAAUUCAGAUUAUGGACGAGAUGACGACUCAAAUUGUCCCAAUUUCGCAAUCUACUCACAAGAAUCUCAAGAAGUCGCCAAAUCAACUGAAGCCUAUCCAGAAAAUAAAGCAUCUUCAAAUUCUGCCAAUGAGGCUAAGGAAGACGAUGAAAAUGAAGAUUUAGUACAAUUAGAUGAUGACGAAGAGACACCGAAUCAACCACAAAUUGAUCCAUCAGAGUUGUAUGAACCAGAAAAUCCGACAGAAGAAAAUGAUGAUGAAGAUGUUGAUGAAGGAGAUGAUAAAGAUACAGAAAAAAGUAUCAGCAAAGAUGAAGCUGCCAACAAAAACGAUAACAACAAUGAUGCAAAUAAUAAAAAGAAAAAUAUAGAUGAUGAGGAAGAUGGGGAAAAGGAAAAUGAUAAUGAAUCUGUAACAGAAAAGGAAACAGCGAACAAGAAUACAUAUGAAAAGGGAGACAUAACUGACAGCGAGGAAGAAAUGAACAACGAAAGAGAAAGAAAUAAAACAGCCAAGACAAAAGGUAGGUCCACUGAUAAUGAUGAUGAGAAUAGCAAUGAAAAAACACAAAAAUCAACAAAAGAUGAUGGCGACGAUUAUGAUGAUGACGAUGACAGCGAUGACAAUGAAGACGUUACCGGUAAACGUCCUAAAAAGCAAUCACAUAAUUCGGGAAAAGACAAUGACAAUGAUCGCCGGCCAAGAAAUGAGAACGACAACAUUUCGGUAAACAGUAGUCGCGACGAUGAUACAUCAAAGGGUCAUACACCCACGGUUCCAUACAAUAGAAGCAGCACGGUACGUUCACCAAGCCGAUCUAGGUCACCGGAAAAUGAACCAUCUGGUGCCCACCAUGGCAAAGGCGGUGCUGUAAUUGAAUUAUACGACGACAGCGAUUGGGAUGAAUUAAAUGCCGAUAAAAAUGCCACCACAAAAACUAAAGAUAAAACUUCACAAAAUAAGAAUACUGAAAAUACUGAUGAGGUGGAACCAGAUCGUUCAUAUACACCAUGUUUAGAUGAGAACAAUGAUCCCGAAGUGGUUGAGUCGAGGACAGAAGAAACUCCAAUUGUCAUUCCAUUAACCCCGGAAAAGAAUUCAAGUAAAAACGAUGCUACGGAGAAACCCAAAGAACCCGAAGUAGAGUUAAUCAUAUCAGAGGAGGAACCCGACACGACGACAUCUCGUAAGAAGCGAGGUGGAAAUCUUUUGGAUCCCCUUGACGAUGCCAAGGGUGCAAGGUUCAAAAAAGUCAAAAAGCGUAAGAAGCGCAAUUAUCGGGGAGACAAAGCUCCAUUUAAAAACCGUUUCAGGAACAGGUCUAUUUCUCGUUCCCGAUCUCGUAGUCGUUCGCGCUCCCGUCGUCGCUCGCGUUCUCGUUUAAGGUCAUCUCGCUCGCGCUCACGGUCACGUUCAUAUGGAUCAUUCCGAUCAAGAUCUCGCUCGCCAGGUCAUGGUCGUCGACGUGGCAGAUCACACAGCCGGGAGAAGCGCCGCUUUGGCAGCAACGGCAAUUUGAGAGGCAGAAGUUGGGACGGUGGUCGUAUCCCCAGAAAUAAGCCUAAGAGACGUGAGAUUCCACGAUAUGAUGUUCGCCAUGUAGUUGCGAAUAAACCAGUCAGAGAUCGUUUUGGUCGUGACAAUUCACGUUCAAGAAGACCUAGUCGAUCAUUAAGCCGACGACGAAGUCCAUACUCAAGAUCGCCAUUUUCACGUUCCCGCUCGCGUUCUCGUGUACGCUCUAGAAGGCGCUCAUUCUCUCGUUCAAGAUCUCGCACCAGAUCACGAACACCACAUUCACGAUCCCGUUCGAGAACAAAAUCUCGCUCGAUUUCUAGGUCACGAUCUAAAACUCGUUCACGCACACCUUCACGUUCCAGAUCCCGUAUUCGUCGGCCCAGCAUUAGCCUAUCGCCAUCACCGCAAUACAACCGCAGACGUUCCUUGUCACCUCUUCCUCGCCGCUUUAGUCCAGUUCGUAGGCGAUCGAUUUCUCCAAGAGUUAGGCGAUCUCCAAUGCGACGAAGGUCUCGAACUCCUCUGCGAAUUAUGAGGUCUCGUUCAUUAUCUCUAGGCCCAGAUCCUCGACUUAAUGGCCAUAAAGGUCCACAACGUUUCAGAAGUAUAUCUCGUCCCCGAAAUCUUAGCAGGGACAGAUUGCGCUCCAGAUCGCGAUCACUUUCAUUAUCACCCCGCUACACCCCACAAAUGAACCGACUACGAUCCAAGAGUCCUCCACCAAAAGGCAAAAAGAAAAAGUCUAAAGAUGCAAGAAAGAAGAAAUCGAAACGACGAUUGCCAAGCUUAAGUCCUUCGCCGAAUCGAAGGAUUGCCCGACAAGCGGAUCCGUUCGCUCUCGAGAAGCCAUCAAAGAAAAAGCGGCGUCACAUGCCCAAAGAAAAAUCACCGAUCGACGACCAUGAAUGGUCCCCUUCACCAAGUCCCGCACCACCUGUUAUCGCUAGCAAUGUCGAUUAUCAGCAACCGGAAAAGAAUGUGUCUUGGACACCGCCAAUGCAUUCGCCAAUUUCCGCUCAUUAUCCGCCGAUUAUCAGACGCUCUGUUUCGCCUGGAAGUCGAAAAGAAAAGACAAAACGCUCCAAAAAGAAGAAGAAGGAAAGCUCUAAGCGAAAAACACUGCGCAAAGAAAAGAAACGCAGACGGCGUACAGAAACACCCGAACCCAUUCCAUCGAAGGAAGUGUUCGCGUCUGGUAAUAACAUAUUGGUUAGCGUAAGUUUCAACAAAGAAAAUACAACAAGCGCCGCACAUGGACAACAGACCAUCGUCACAUUGCCUCCCAAUCGUGAGGACCUGCUUCCGAACAGACGCGUUUCCAUCGACCAUGUCAACAAGAGCAGCUCUUCGUCAAAGAAACGAAAGGAAAAGCGUAAGAAGGUGGAUUCGAAACCGGUGGCCAUCAUUGAUUUGGAACGUUCGCCGUUCCAGGUGGAACAGGAACAAGCCGAUGUUAUCGUACUUACCGACAGCGAAGAAAAUCGCGAACGUGCACAAAACGACCAGCGACGUGAUAGACGCCGCAGUGAAUCGUCAUGUCCCAGGGACAACGACCUCGACAUGCAUCGCAGCCAAAGGCAAGAGGCAGACAGUAGUCAACGCGAUAAAUCCGCCGAACGUUUGGAUACAAUUAUGGAAGAGUCAUAUGACAUCCCACAGACGGGUCCGAAAACACCUCCAGAACCCCCAUCUGUUAAAUUUAACUUGCAGUCCAAGAAGACUAACAAGGUGCGCAAUCCAUUGCACGAAGAUGAUGACUAUGACAUGCCGUCGACGUCUGAAAAGCAGCAAGUGCAAGAGCCUCACAGUGCUGAUAUGGACACAAUGCAUGUCCAAAGCAGCCAAAAGAUUGGACCGAAUACGCCACCAGAAUCGGGACCAUGCUCACCGGACGCAUAUGAUCCAUUCGAACCGACAAAGUCCCCCUCUAUUUCGCCUCGUUCACCCACACCUCCUCCCUCGAAAAUGGAUGUUUCGCAGAACACGGACGUUAGCGGUGAUAUCGGUUCAACACAGAAACAUCACGAUGAUCCACAGCGUAGAGAACAAUUGUCCGGUAUAGGAAAUAUGGCGCAGAGCGCCUCACUCAAUCCCAUUGACUUAGUCAUGGCACUGAUGGGCUCAAAAACUAUGGUCGGCAAUAGCCAAGACAUGGCCAACAAGUCGAGUGAUUCCAAACAGUAUACAAAUUCAGACGAACCAUCAUUCCGCAAUAAAUCCGACGACAAAUCCAUCACUGUGCUCUCCAAUGUGCUGUUGAGUUCGGGCAAUGGUAUUUCUAGUCCAACACCGCCAAAUGUGUCGAAGAAAAUGUUACCGUUACCGAAAAUUACCGGUAGUGUUGGCGGCAGUAGUAGCAGUGGUGUAAAUAUGCGGAAUGGUGGCGCAUCUAACAAUAACGACGAUGCGUACACACUGCGCGAUGCCGACAGCCCCUACUCUCCGGGUUCGGGAGACUACGAAGAUCUAUUUGAACCACCUCCCGAUACCAGUACUUCGAAGCGUUAUUCAAAGCGUGGCAAUACCGCCGCAGGGGGUUCUGGCAAAUUAGAUUCGUCGUUCGAUAAUCUCUUCGGCAGUACAUCGCCGGUUUUACGAUUGCCCUCAUAUACGCCCUCCAAAAAGCCAACAGCCGGUGGGGCAUCGUCACGGCCAUCUAAAACAAAAGGUGGUCUUAAUGAGGUAUCAAAUAUGCCAGGGGACGUGAAGGAAAAGUUCUUACGUAAAUUGAAUCGACAAGAACGCGUAGUCGAGGAAGUGAAAUUGGUAUUGAAACCAAGAUAUAACAAGAAGCACAUCACAAAGGAGGACUACAAGGAAAUUAUGCGACGAGCUGUGCCAAAGAUUUGCCACAGUCGUUCGGGUGAGAUAGAUCCCAAUAAGAUAAAGAAUUUAAUUGAUGCCUAUGUCAAGAAAUUCCGGGCAAAACACAAGAAAUUAAAUCUUAUUAGCACGGGUCAAGUUAGCAGCGCUGUAAAAUGUGCCGCCUACUUGAAGAAGCUCUAGAAAGUGGGACGCUGAUGCCACAGCAAC